AUGGCUAAUCCUGAAGGAGAAAUAAAUGGGAAUAAUCAACCACUGAACAAUCCACCGGUGGUCAAUCAGCCAAUGGCUUUGCGAGAUUAUGCAUUGCCACCAACCGGUGUUCAAUUAGUGAUCAGGAAGCCUGCUAUUCAAGCGAAUAAUUUUGAAUUGAAGUCGGUGAUGUUACAGAUGAUUCAAGCAAUCCAAUUUAAUGGAUUGCCGAAUGAAGAUCCUAAUGCUCACAUCAUAAAUUUCUUGGAGAUUUGCGAUACUGUCAAAUACAAUGGAGUUAAUGAUGAAGCUCUUCGCCUUCGUUUGUUUCCUUUCUCUUUGAGAGAUAAAGCAAAAAGUUGGUUGAACUCACUGCCGCCAAAUUCGAUCACUAGUUGGGAAGACUUAGUUCAGAAGUUCCUUUCUAAGUUUUUCCCACCGGCUAAAACAGUGAAAAUGUGCAUCGAGAUCAACAAUUUUGCUCAAUAUGAAGGUGAAACUCUAUAUGAAGCAUGGGAGAGAUACAAGGAGCUGAUGAGAAGAUGUCUUCAUCAUGGUCUACCUAAAUGGAUGCAAGUCCAUAAUUUUUAUAAUGGAUUGAGUGGCACUACAAGAACUCUAAUUGAUGUAUCUGCAGGAGGAGCGUUAAUGAAGAAAACUGAAGAUGAGGCAUAUGAGUUGCUAGAAGAUAUGGCAACCAAUAAUUACCAGUGGCCUAGUGAAAGAAGCAUACCAAAGAAGAUAGCUGGACUACAUGAAGUUGAGGCCAUCACUAAUUUGACUGCCCAAAUUGCUUCUCUGUCCAAACUUACAGAGUACUCAAUUGACAGCCAAUGCCAUCCAAACAUCCUCUCCAGUCCCGAACAGAGCAACCCACCACAAGAGGAGAGGGUGAAUCUAGAAGAUGCAAUAGCUCAAUUGGCUACCUCUCACAUGCAAUUUAUGAAUGAAACCAGGACAAAUUUUCAGAAUCAAUCGGCUCAGAUCAGAAGCUUAGAGGUGCAAAUUGGUCAAUUGGCUAGCAUGUUAAAUGAUCGUCAACAAGGUAAUUUGCCAAGUACAACGGUGGUGAAUCCAACAGAGCAAUGCAAGGCCAUUACUUUGAGAAGUGGAAAAGAAUUAAAUACACUCCCAGAGCCUAAGAAGUCUAGCAAAAGUAGUGAAGAGGCUUCGUCACCCAAAGAUACUCAAUCUUUAGAGAAGAGUGGUGAAAUUCCUACAGCUCAACAACCUUUGCUGGUGGAGCCAUCACGAAGGAUCCCAUUUCCUCAACGCCUUCGGAAGAGUAAGCUUGAUAAACAAUUUUCAAAGUUUCUAGACAUCUUUAAGAAAUUGCACAUAAACAUCCCAUUCGCCGAAGCUCUUGAACAAAUGCCGAGCUAUGUGAAGUUUAUGAAAGACCUCUUGUCAAACAAGAGGAAACUUGAGGAUUAUGAAACAGUUACACUUACUGAAGAGUGCAGUGCCAUCUUGCAAAGGAAGUUGCCUCAGAAGCUCAAAGAUCCAAGGAGUUUUACCAUCCCUUGUUCUAUUGGAAAUUCUAUUUUUGAAAAGGCACUAUGCGAUUUAGGUGCAAGCAUUAAUUUAAUGUCUUUGUCAAUUUUCAAGAAACUUGGGCUCUCAUUGAUGUGCAAAAGGGUGAACUUCGCCUAA